UCUUUUUUCCAUACAAAGCACCUUGUAAAGAUGUCCCUUCCAGCUUCAACACUUGCCUCAAUUCAACAUGCAGUAUCUGACCAGCUCAAGCGACCUUGCGUGAGUUUUGCUCCUUGCAUAUGGGGAGAUACUUUCCUUGAAUAUGCUUCUCAAUUUGAGGGAGUCAAUGAUGACGAGAAGCAGCAAGCUCAAACACUAAGGAAUGAGGUGCAAACGAUGUUUCAAUCAUCAAUCGAUCAAAAUAUCAUACAAAAAUUAAACUUGAUUGACUCAGUCCAACGUUUCGGUGUAUCCUAUCAUUUCCAACAAGAAAUCAAUCAAGCAUUGGAACAAAUUCACAACAGUUUCACAAAAAAUAACACCAUCAGUGAUGAUGGCAAUCAUCACUCUCUUGCUCUACUCUUUCGUUUGCUUAGACAGCAAGGAUAUCAAAUUUCAUCAAGUGCAUUUAACAAAUUCAAAAAUGAUCAAGGAAACUUUAGUGAAACACUUGCUAAUGAUAUUCAAGGGUUGUGUAGCUUGUAUGAAGCUGCACAUCUAAGAACUCCCGAAGAUGACAUAUUGGAGGAAGCAUGUGACUUCUCAAAUACUCACAUGAAGUCCUUGGCCAACCAAUUAAGCCCAUCUCUUGCAGCACAAAUCAAUCACUGCUUAAGACUACCUCUUAACAAGAGUUUAAUUAGGUUCGAGGCAAGGUGUCACAUGAAUCUCUAUGAAAAAGAUGCAUCUCAUAACAAAACUCUACUAACCUUUGCAAAAGUAGAUUUCAAUAUUCUUCAAAAACUACAUCAAAAAGAAAUUAGCACUAUCACCAAGUGGUGGAAAAAGUCAAACUUUGAGACUAAGGUCCCUUACGCUAGAGGUAGGUUGGUUGAGGCCUACCUUUGGUCAUUGGCUAUGUCCUACAAACCUGAACACAGCCUCGCAAGAAUGUUUGUGGGAAAAUUGAUUGCUGUUGUUUGUCUUCUAGACGAUACUUAUGAUGCUUAUGGCACUAUUCAAGAACUUGAGCUAUUCACAGAAGCAAUUCAAAGAUGGAAUAAGAGUCCCAUUGAAUCUCUUCCACAAUGCAUGAAAGUAGUAUUUGAUACAGUUGUAGAACUGGGUGAAGAAAUAGAAUUGGCGACAACGGAGAGUGGGAAAUCAAGCUUUGUAGUGCAAUAUUUUAAACAAGCUGUUUUUAACUUAAUAAAAGGCUACAUGGCUGAGGCAAAAUGGUGUCACGAGGGUUACAUUCCAACAUAUGAUGAAUAUAAAGUUAAUGGAAUUUUGACUUCUUGUUUCCCUCUUUUCAUUACAUCAUUUAUUGGCUUGGGAGAAUUUGCAAACAAAGAUGUGUUUGAUUGGAUUUUUAGUGAUCCAAAUAUCAUUAAAGUGGUAUCAAUUAUUGGUAGAGUAUUGGACGACAUGGGCUCACAUAAGUUUGAGCAACAAAGAGUACAUGUUGCCUCAGCUGUGGAAUGUUGCAUGAAGCAAUAUAACAUUUCACAAGCAGAGGCGUACCACCUUAUCCAUAAUGACGUUGAAGAUGGUUGGAAGGUUAUAAAUGAAGAGUGCCUUAAGUCAAAUGACAUCCCAAAAUCUGUGCUUGAUUGUGUAGUUAAUUUGGCACGCAUGUCUAUGGUUUCAUAUGAAAACCACCAGGAUAAAUUCACUAAUGGAGAACUACUGAAAGGUUAUGUGUCUUCAUUGCUUAUGGAUCCCAUGUGCCUUGAACAACACCAGUAGGAGAAGCUAUUUCACAUAUAAAUGUGUAACACAUCUUAUAUCCUGCUAUACGUUCGAGAAGAUGUAUUACCAUAGUGUUAUGUACUAGCAAGCAUAAAUAGAUAUGAAAAAGUGAACUGCUGUUAGGAAAGUUGAUUUGUCCUACAUGAUGUUCCAUGUGUGAGUUGAGAAAAAUGUUGUUUGUAUGUUGUUGUUUGCUCAAUGCUCAAUGUGCUAUUGGAUACAACGAUUCUGUACCCA